AUGGAGCUCCAUGACCCGGAAGCCGGCCUGGUCCCUCCUCACCAGAGGGACCUGUCCUUCCGCCUGUCCACCAGCAACGCGGCGUUCCGCGCGGCGCAGCACCGGCACAGCCGGCCGCUCAUCAUCCAGAUGGUGCCGCAGAGCGUGCGCGGCGGCCUCGAGGAGCGCUACUUCGCGCCGGAGGUGGUCUCCAUCGGGCCCUACCACCACCGCGCCUCGCCGCACCUCGUCGAGAUGGAGCAGGUGAAGGAGGCCGUGGCGCACGAGUUCUGCCGGAGCGCGCUGAAGGGGAAUAAUACUAGCAGGAAGCCGGCCGUCGAUCUGUUCCUCGACGCAGUCCGGCCGGUCCUCCCGGAGGCGCGGCUCUGCUACGCCGACGCGUUCGACACGAUCGCCGGCAACGACUUCGCCAACAUGAUGGUCGUGGACGGGUGCUUCCUGCUCGCCGUGGCGGCGAUCCUGACCAAGGACUACCCAGCCGAGCUGGAGCACUGGUCGUGGACGCACGGCCGCAUGCUGCGGAUCAUGAAGGACAUCCUGCUGUUCGAGAACCAGAUCCCCUGGGCCGUGGUGCGCGCGCUCAUGGCGCUGCGCCCCGUCCGCGUCGACGAGUUCGUCGCCAAGCUCCUCGCCUACCUCGACGUCCGCAGCCGGGAGCCCCGCGGCACCUCGGCGGGCCGGGCGCCGCCACCCGACGGCGACGUCCGGUACUGCGACUACGCGCGCCCGUUCGCGCACUUCACGUCGGCGGUGGAGCUCGCGGAGGCCGGCAUCCGGAUCCACGGCAGCGGCACGUGCCGGGUGACGGACGUGAGGGUGGAGCCGGCGGCGCUCCGGGUCGGCCGGCUCGCGCUCCCGCAGCUGGCGCUGAGCUGGCUGCCGCGUUGCUGGCUCAUCAACAUGGUGGCGCUGGAGUGCGUGACGGACCGGUCGGAUCAGAGCGGGGUGAGCUCGUACCUCGCCAUCCUCGGCUCGCUCAUCCGCACGGAGCGGGACGUGCGGGAGCUGCGGGCCAGGGGGAUACUGUUCAGUACCAUGAGCGACCAGCGCACCGCCGAGUUCUUCGAGUCCCUGAUGGACCCGCUGCCGCGGCAGGAGCUCUACCUCCGGACGCUGGAGGGCAUCGUCCAGCUCCGGGGCACGAGGAGGACGAGGAGCGGCCUCCACGCUGUCUACUACAGGAACAGGAGGAUCAUCUUGGCCGCCGCUCCCCUGCUCAGUCUCCUCGUCGCCAUCAUCGGCAUUGCGCUCACCAAUUCCCUCAAACGCAAGUACUCCUAG